CACAGUGCCUGCCUUGGCAAAAGUCUUUCAAAAGAAAGUGCAGUAAAUGGUGGUCAGCCAUCCAAGGGAGAUGCUGCCUUCUGCCUCUUUGAAUUGGAAUGUGAUUUAUCCCCUGAAUUAUGAGAAUGAAUAUGUAUUCCAAAGCCUUAGACUUUUUCUCCUCUUUAUUAAAGGACUUGCCUUUAUUUGUAAUCUGUGGCUAUCUCCCUUCUUCCAGUGUUGUUUGUGUAUUGUAUUAAGUAUGUUUAUUAAUUACAUUUGAACUUGCUUCCUUUCAGUAUCAUGAGAACACUUGCACACAGUUAUUCAGCCCCCCCAAACAGAUUAUUUUCUCAUAUUCAGUGUUAUACUUUAAUCUCUGCUCUUAAUUCAGCAGCUCCAGUGAUGCAGAAUGGAAAUCUCUUCCAGGUCUCUUAUUAUUUUACCACUCUGAAUCCUUUCCCAUUUCUGCUAUCUUUCACUCAGUCAGUGCUGCCCAGGCAUCCCUUUCUCCAUCACUCUUUUACUCAAGGACUCCUGAAACUCAGACAUGGUGCUGUCUGUCUCAGAGUUUCCUCAUUCCUCCUCCCAUCCCUUGAUCAGAUUUGUGCCUGCAUCCCUUCCUCAGGAAAGAUGAGUGCUCCUACAAGAAGCCUUCAUUCAGUCCUGAACCUGCUCCUAAGAGACUGCAAAAAUAGGGUGUUCUUGUGAACAGGCUUCAAGUUGGAUGAAUUUUCUAAGUGGGCCACAAGUAGCUCAGUGAUUAUAAAUUGAGAACUGUGCUUUAGAUAGAAUACUCAGAAAUGAACCUGACACAAAAGGCUUAUGAUUGUCUUAUAUAGCUAGGCUAUGAGCUUGUCAGUGUAUAUCCUUCUUAUUCCUUAAACUGUAGUGACUAAAAAUUCCUCCAGAGAUCUUUGGAGGAACGUGGAAGUAGGAUGUACUGCAUGUGGUUUUUCUCUCAGUUGGGGUGAGAGACUCUGCAGUUUUCAAGGGAGCUGGUAUACUCCAUGUAAGCAGAAAUUUGAUGCAAUUACAUAUCAUUUUCUCUUUGAAACGUGCUAGUCUGGAUAAGAAAUGACAGAAAAGAUGAAUAAUUUAUUAUUCAUCCAUUUUAAAGGAAACUGCUGGCAAUGGUUUAGUCAGAUGCAGUGCGUUUGGCCAGUAAAGAUGAUAAAGGACAAAAGGAUUAAUCAUCAAUAUUGCACAGGAAGAAAAAGGUCAAAUUUGUCAUAGGUCUAAAUCCAAAAGGCCAAUUUUUGAUCUGCUCCUCUAAAGUGGUGGCCUCUGAUCCUCUUCUGAUUUGCACAUUGCAAAAUAAUCUCUGCAGUGAUGCAAACUCUUCCGUGUACUAUUUAAUCCUAUCAAACGCCUUCAUUUUAUUUCAGUUGCUUUAUCAAAACCCACCAGGAAUAGUCUGUGUGCUCGUAAUUCAAAUUGACAAGUGUUGUAUUAACAGAAUCUUCUGGCACUGUUUAGAUACAAAGAGCUGAGUCUGACCUCCAGAUUUAUUGAAGCAGAUUUCCCUGGAAAAAUUACUUCACAACGUGGAUUCUUCAAUGAAAUUCUGACAUGGAAUUUCAGAAGUGCUAUGAGGUAGAAUUUCACUGACGCCAGGAUUUCGUUCCCUCUACUAAUUAAAUAAAUAGUUGACAUCCCCUGAGAUUGCGCAUGCAACUUUCUUCUGUCCUGCACACAUGGCAUUCAUGUUAGAUAGAGCGUGUGGUUUUUCCUUCCUUGCACUGCUGGGUGAGCCAUCUUUGAAGGGGCUUGUAGCCUUUAUACUGCCACAGCAUAUUCUGGAAGCUGAGAAAUGUCUACUCAUGUUAGGAAUGGUUGAAGCCGAGGCAGGAACUUCUGACCACCUCAGCUAGAGAAAUUGAAAGGUUCACAUGCAUACCUGUUUUUGAUGAAGAAUCUCGCUCAAAUCCACUGUGUAAACUCCUUUCACGGUGUUUUUUUCUCUCUUCUGUACAAUUUAUUUUCUCCAAGUCUUCCUUUGUGAGCAACAGGCCUGAACCCGUGAUUAAGCAUUGGUGAAGGGGCAUGGCCAGCCCUGAGAGCAGUCUUGGUGGUGGGGUCAGGAACAUCUCCAUAUGGAAGCUCCUCCACAGUGUUUGUGGCUCUUCUGGGAAAUGGGUAUUGCAGUUGGCACUGCCCCUCUCUGUAGCAAAAGGCAGCCAAGAUCUUAGUAUGAAUGUGCUGUUUGUGGUUCAAGUUCCUCCUGCUACCAGCAAGGGAAGAGGAAGGCAGAGAGACAUUCUUGAAGCCACAGCAAUUCUGGGUGAGAUUUCCAGCUUCCUGUGUUCCAUCUCAAAGGACCAGAAAAAUGUGGACGUUUAUUUACCCCUUCUUCACUAGAGGCAGGCCUUUCCCGCUGCAAUUGCUUUUCUUUGGCACACUAUUCUGUAUCUAUAAUGGCUUCCUCCAGGGGUACUACCUGAUCUACUGUGCUGAAUACCCAACUGAUUGGUGCACCGACAUCCGAUUUACAUCAGGCCUCCUCUUAUUUCUUCUGGGAAUGGGAAUCAACAUUCACAGUGAUCUCCUGCUGCGCCAGCUGAGAAAACCUGGGGAAGUAACUUACAAGAUUCCUCAAGGGGGGCUGUUCACUUAUGUUUCUGGAGCCAACUACUUUGGAGAAAUUGUGGAAUGGUUUGGUUUUGCCAUCGCUACCUGGUCUCUACCAGCCUUCACCUUUGCCUUUUUCACUCUUUGCUGCAUUGGGCCCCGUGCUUACCACCAUCACAGGUACUAUCUCAAGACAUUUACAGACUACCCAAAAUCAAGGAAAGCUUUGAUUCCUUUUGUUUUUUAAUGACUUGGAUAUGGAUCCUGUAUCCUAUUUUUAUAGGGCUUUUUCCAAUUCCUAGUUUUAAAGUUAGGUCUGACUAUAAAUAAUGGUACAAAUGAUAACCUGGGGUUGUAACAGGCAAGAAGUUCGUACAGAACUGAAGUUCUUGUUUUUAAAUACAGGGGAAAUUGCAGACAGUUUUGGGUAGAGGGACUUCCCAAAUACUUGCUUGUCUGUGGAGUUCUACCUGUGGAAAAUGAGUCUGACUAGUAUGACUCCACUGACAUUGUAGAAAAAAACACUGGCUAAAAUACAGUGCAGAAAAGGAGAAAGUAAGCCCAUGACUUAAGAGGAAGUCUUGGGUCACUCCAAUCUAUAGCCCUUCUGCACCCCUGCUUCUUCCUGCCUCAUGCUGUAGCUCAUAUGCCCUCGCGGCAAUCUCCUUUGUCAAGAAAGUAACUACCCUUUAUUUUUCAUCUAGAAGCAAAGUUAGCUUCCAGAGCCACAAUGCAACAAGAGGACACUUGUGGGCAUGAGGCUGGGAGCAGUGUGUUGUGGCACAGAGGUAGCAUGAAGUAUGUCGAUGCGCAAGCAUUUUGAGCUGCCACAAUGUCUGCUUUGCUUCCUUGAGUAAUACCCUUCUCACUGCUAGAUGAUUAAUAUUUACUCACCAGAAUUCUUUUUUUUUUUAAAUGUAUGUCAUUAAAAUAAUUGCAGCAGCAUUAGAAGUUUUUCCCUUCUGGCAAAUUCAGAGGUCUUUUCAAAAUAAUGAUUUGUUCACUCAAACACACUCAAUUUUUAUUCAUUAAAAAAAAAAAACAAAACAACUUGAAAUGGUGAUGUAUAACAACAGAAACAAUGAAAACAAAAAGCUCUGGGUUGAAGAAAACAUUCUCAGACACUGGCAGUACAUUUUGUCUAAGAGGAACAUUUUCAGAUACUCGUAUUAGGAAAUGAUACACAGAUAUUAUUGAAUUUCCACAAGGACGCAGUAUUUUUUUUUAUAUAAUUUUAGAAUAUAGUUAGGAAUUUUCCAGAAAAAAAUGUCAUCAACCUUAAUAGGAACAGAUGUUUCAGAAAACGCUGAUAGUUUUAGUUACCAUUCGCAGCACAAAAUCCUGCUAAGAAUUAUGCUGAAUGACUGGGGAAAAAAAAAAAAAGGCUGGACCACAUACUAAACAUAUUACAUGCUGCUAGAGUAACCUGAUGGGCUGUAUGCAAUUUUCUCUGAAACACAAUAAAAUUUAUGUAAAGCA